GGUUGGAAUGUGAAAUGGCGCAUUGUUGUCACCGCUGCAUUACGUCGAGUAGUUGACAUUAGGACUGACUUGCAAUGAUUGCCGGGUAGAUGCAUUCGCCAGUGGGAUGCUCACAUCGUCGGGCAUCAAAGUGAGCAGCGAGGUUUAUUUGUUUGCGCGCAUGCUUUUGUUUUCAGCACUCGUCCAGUAGACAUCGCUUGUUAGCAUUAGCCAUCACUAGCCUGUCGCCCUUUUAUUUGAUUUGAUUUUUUUUUAACCAAAUUUUGACUGCUGAACUACAAUGGGUUAUCUGAAACUCAUUGAGAUCGAAAACUUCAAGUCAUACAAGGGACGGCAAAUCAUUGGACCCUUUCAUAAAUUCACGGCGAUCAUCGGCCCCAAUGGAUCGGGAAAGUCAAAUCUUAUGGAUGCCAUCAGCUUUGUGUUGGCAGAGAAGACCAGCAACUUGCGGGUGAAGACUCUGAAGGAUCUAAUCCACGGGGCGCCUGUUGGGAAACCGGCUGCCAACAGAGCUUUUGUCAGUAUGGUCUACCAGGAGGAUGACGGAGAGGAACGCUCCUUCACCAGGAUGAUCAUUGGUUCUUCCUCUGAAUACCGCAUCAACAACAAAGUUGUGGGCUUGCCGGAUUACAGUGAGCAGCUGGAAAAACUUGGUAUUCUGAUCAAGGCUCGGAACUUCUUGGUUUUCCAGGGAGCCGUAGAGUCAAUUGCCAUGAAGAACCCCAAGGAGCGCACAGCUUUGUUCGAAGAGAUCUCGCGCUCAGGGGAGCUGGCCCAGGAGUAUGAUCGGAGGAAGAAGGAGAUGGUCAAGGCAGAAGAGGACACGCAGUUUAACUAUCAUCGCAAGAAGAACAUAGCGGCUGAGCGUAAAGAGGCCAAGCAGGAGAAAGAGGAGGCUGAGCGCUACCAGCGACUAAAGGAUGAAGUGGCAAGGGCCAGCGUCCAGUUGCAGCUAUUCAAGCUCUUCCACAACGAGACUGAGAUCGAAAAGCUGAACAAAGAGCUGGGCCAGCGCAACAAGGAGAUCGACAAGGACCGUAAAAGGAUGGACCACGUGGAGGAGGAGCUGAAAGACAAGAAGAAGGAACUUGGGAGGCUGAUGAGGGAGCAACAGACAAUUGAGAAAGAGAUCAAAGAGAAGGACUCUGAGCUAAAUCAAAAAAGGCCGCAGUACAUCAAGGCCAAAGAGAACACCUCGCACAAGAUCAAGAAGCUUGAGGCGGCUCGGAAAUCGUUGCAGAACGCCCAGAAGAUGUACAAGAAGCGCAAGGCGGACAUGGAUGAGCUUGACAAGGAGAUGAAAGCGGUGGAGCUUGCCAAGCAAGAGUUUGAGGAGCGCAUGGAGGAGGAAGCGCAGAGCCAGGGUCAGGACCUCACAUUGGAGGAGAACCAGGUCAAGCAGUACCAUCGUCUGAAGGAGGAAGCCAGUAAACGUGCAGCCACACUGGCUCAGGAGCUGGAGAAGUUCAACCGGGACCAGAAAGCUGAUCAGGACCGCCUUGACUUGGAGGAGAGGAAGAAAGUGGAGACAGAGGCCAAAAUCAAACAGAAAAUUCGUGAGAUUGAGGAAAACCAGAAGCGCAUAGAAAAGUUGGAGGAUUACAUCACCACUAGCAGGCAGUCUCUGGAUGAGCAAAAACGCAUGGAGGAGGAACUGACUGAGGAGGUGGAAAUGGCCAAGAGGAGGAUCGAUGAGAUCAACAUGGAGCUGAACCAGGUCAUGGAGCAGCUUGGCGAUGCCAGGAUCGACAGACAGGAGAACAGUCGACAGCAGCGUAAGGCUGAAAUCAUGGAGAGCAUCAAACGCCUUUACCCUGGCUCUGUGUAUGGCCGUUUGAUAGAUUUGUGCCAGCCCACUCAGAAGAAAUAUCAGAUUGCUGUGACCAAAGUGUUGGGGAAGAACAUGGACGCCAUCAUUGUUGAUUCCGAGAAGACGGGCAGGGAUUGUAUCCAGUACAUCAAGGAGCAGCGAGGAGAACCUGAGACUUUUCUGCCACUCGACUACCUGGAGGUGAAGCCAACUGAUGAAAAACUUCGAGAGCUGCGGGGAGCCAAGCUGGUUAUUGAUGUGAUCCGCUACGAGCCUCCUCACAUCAAGAAAGCACUGCAGUACGCGUGUGGCAAUGCUCUGGUGUGUGAUAAUGUGGAGGAUGCCAGGAGGAUUGCUUUUGGAGGACCGUACAGGCACAAGACUGUUGCCCUGGAUGGAACCCUUUUCCAGAAAUCUGGUGUCAUCUCAGGAGGAGCCAGUGACCUGAAGGCCAAGGCCAGACGCUGGGACGAGAAAGCGGUGGACAAGCUCAAAGAGAAGAAGGAGAAACUUACUGAUGAGCUCAAGGAGCAAAUGAAGGCCAAGAGGAAAGAGGCGGAGCUGCGUCAAGUGCAGUCGCAGGCACACGGCCUGCAGAUGAGACUUAAAUAUUCCCAGAGUGACCUGGAGCAGACCAAAACACGCCACCUCUCUCUCAACAUGCAGGAAAAGUCCAAGUUGGAGAGCGAACUGGCAAACUUUGGUCCUCGCAUCAAUGACAUCAAGAGGAUCAUACAGUCGCGCGAGCGGGAAAUCACAGAUCUCAGGGACCGCAUGAACUUGGUGGAGGAUGAGGUGUUUGUAGAGUUCUGCAAGGAGAUUGGUGUGAGAAACAUCAGAGAGUUUGAGGAGGAGAAGGUGAAAAGACAGAAUGAGAUUGCCAAGAAGCGUCUUGAGUUUGAGACCCAGAAGACCCGCCUGGGAAUCCAGGUGGACUAUGAGAAAAACCAGCUGAAGGAGGACCAGGAGAAGGUCAUGAUGUGGGAGCAGACUGUCAAGAAGGACGAAGCUGAAAUUGAAAGACUAAAGAAGGAGGAACAGAGGCACAUGAAGAUCAUUGAUGAGACGAUGGCUCAGCUGCAAGAUCUGAAGAACCAGCACCUCACCAAGAAAUCUGAAGUCAACGAUAAGAACCACGAGAUGGAGGAGAUCCGGAAGAAAUUGGGAGGUGCCAAUAAGGAGUUAACACAGCUCCAGAAGGAAGUGACGGCCAUCGAGACAAAACUGGAGCAGAAGCGCAGCGACCGUCACAACCUGCUGCAGGCGUGCAAAAUGCAAGACAUCCGGUUGCCUCUUCGCUCUGGAACAAUGGACGACAUUAGUCAGGGGGAGGGGAGUUCUCAGACAGAUGAAUCAAACAGUCAGAGAACAUCCAGUAGUGUUUUGGCUAAAGAGGCACUCAUUGAGAUCGACUACAGCAACCUGUCGGACGAGCUGAAGGAUGCCUUGUCUGAGGAGGAGAUCAAGGCGGAGACCAACACGCUACAGCAGCGUCUGAAUGAGCAGCAGAGCAUCCUGCAGAGGAUAAGUGCCCCCAACAUGAAGGCCAUGGAGAAGCUAGAGAGCGUCAGGGAUAAGUUCCAGGAGACCAGUGAUGAGUUUGAGGCCGCUCGCAAGAGGGCUAAGAAGGCCAAACAGGCCUUUGAGCUGAUCAAGAAGGAACGAUUCGACCGCUUCAAUACCUGCUUUGAGUCUGUGGCCACCAACAUUGACAAGAUCUACAAGGCCCUCUCGCGCAACAGCAGUGCCCAGGCUUUCCUCGGCCCAGAAAAUCCAGAGGAGCCCUACUUGGACGGCAUCAACUAUAACUGCGUGGCUCCUGGAAAGCGGUUCCGACCCAUGGACAACCUGUCGGGUGGAGAGAAGACUGUGGCGGCUCUGGCUCUGCUUUUUGCCAUUCACAGCUACAAACCCGCCCCGUUCUUCGUGCUUGAUGAGAUUGAUGCUGCACUUGACAACACUAACAUUGGCAAGGUAGCCAAUUAUAUCAAAGACCAGUCAGUGCAGAACUUCCAGGCAAUUGUCAUCUCCCUGAAGGAGGAGUUCUACACCAAAGCCGACUCGCUCAUCGGGGUUUAUCCAGAGCAAGGAGAUUGUGUGAUCAGCAAAGUGCUCACCUUUGACCUCGCCCAGUAUCCUGACGCCAACCCAAAUCCUGAAUAGUACCAACUUUCCUGUCACUAGAAAGCCUCUCCCCACCAAAACUUGCAUUCCUUUAUUCUGUUGUGUCCUGUAGCUGAAAUUCUUAUAUCUUUCAGGCCUCGUUAAAUCUGAUCAUUGGUUUGGUUAUGUAUUGUUUGGAUAGGAGGACUUUUUUUUUAAGCAGUUAAUGGUUGUCCUGCAUACAGUUACAGCCAAAUUGUACGUAGACAGAUAACUACAUAAUUGUCCACUUGAUUUAAUUUGUUGUUAGUUUCACCCGGAAAUGAGUUGAGAAUAAAAGUGACGCUCAAUUGUUUCAUCCGCUGAAUUCAGAAAUUCUUUUAUAUCGCCUGAGAUGGAAUGACAAGCAGUUUCCUGUCCAAAGAAAUGUUUUACUUUUUCAAGUGCUGUUACAUUAUGAAUAUGCGUUUGGAACCAGUCAUCAUUUAUAGUGAUUAUUAAAAAAUAAUUGUACUAUUAUUAGCAGUGUUUAUAUUCCCGUGAGCCAUUUUCUGAAUAUCCAUUAAGCAAAUGGAAAACUCCAUGCAAGUGAGACAAUUUCCUCUCCAG